GUCACGCUGUUCCAAACUAAAUUCGUGAUAAUCUUGUGGUUCACACUAUGCACUCUUAGCUCAGGUGAUUUUUUUUCUCUGACUUUGUUUCUUUUUCUUUGGCCAUAACUGUCGCCGUGAGGAAUUUUGAGUGCAAUGGAGCUGUGCAAUUUACUUCUAGCAGUUCAGCUAAUAUACAGCGUCCGUGCAGAAUUCGACAUUCAGCAAGCAGUUGUGAUAUCACGUCAUGGAAGCCGUACACUUCUUGCCAAAGAUCACAGCACCUUUGAGGAAGGAAGUGACAGUCAGCUGACGAUAAGAGGAAUGAAUCAAAUGUUCCAAGCUGGAGAGUUUGUUAGAAAACAUUAUCAAAAAGCUGGCUUCUUGUCUGAUGUGUAUUUACCUCAGGAUGUGUAUGUGAGGUCUAGUGACUAUUCCAGAACACUUAACAGUGCAUUGAGCUUUCUUCUUGGACUUUAUCCACCAAGAAAUCAGUCCCUUAAUGUUUCCUAUGCUGGGCAAGUUUUCUAUGCACCUUACAACAUACAGCAGGUUCCAAUACACACAGUUGCAGCAGAAAAUGAUCAGGUGCUUAGAGCAUGGCUGGCUUGCCCUGAGCUUCAGAAAAAACUUGCGGAGUUUUACACAAGCUUAGAGUUUAAGAAAAAGGAAAGUGACAGCACACAACUAAGAAAACAGCUUGAAAACAUUCUGGGUGUUAAGAAGAUUGACCUUAAAGACUUCUACAAUGUGUAUGAUUUUAUUCAUCUUCAUCAACUGUAUAACCACACCUAUCUGAAUAUUUCUGCUGAGCAGUGGAAUCAAGUUGUGUAUCUGGCUGACUGGGUUGAGUAUCAUAAAUACAGCAAAGAAAUGAUUGGUGAUAUAGGUGGAGGGCUGUUGGCUAAUGAGAUUGCAGAGAGCUUCAGUGACUUUGCAGCUAAAAAGACCAAGGCAAAGCUCUUGUAUUACUCUGCACAUUAUCCAACGAUGUUUUCUCUGUUUUCCUCGCUUGGUUUAAAUAAAGCGGCUAAAAGUGCCUUGAGAAAAAUUCCUUACUAUGCUUCCUUGAUAUUGAUUGAGCUGAUACAUGAUAAGUCAACUGGUAAGAUGAUCGUUCAGUUUUCUUUCAAGAAUGGUUUGGAGGAGCCACUGGUAAAAUACAGCAUUCCCGAGUGCAAGGACACAUGCGAACUGGACGAGUUUGUAAAACUUGUGAAAUCUCUCCAAGUUCGUGACAUUACCUCGUGGUGUCACGCAUGUGGCAACACCCAGUUGUCACGCUGCCAAGUAACGCAACAGCAGACCGUUUGUCCUACUUUGGAAACUAAGGAACCCAGACUUUCGGGAACUGGUGGUUUUUUCCUCGGCUCUUUUGUCACGCUGCUCAUAGUGAUAUGUGUCACAGCCUUGUGGCAUUUUUAUCUGCGCAAGCGCUGUUUACUUGGCGGAACCUACCCGCGCCCAAGGAAAGGCCUUUCUGAUUUGGAAAAUACUUCCUCGCCGGGUGUGAUUUGAGGCAAAGAAAAGAAUUUUGAUUCCAGUGCGCCUGGUGUGCUAGAGGGAGGUACAAGGGAGGGGAGGGAGCAUAUUUUCUAUCAAUACAAAAGGUAGUGUGCCGCGCAGUUGUUCUUUAGGAUAUCGAGCAACACUUCCCCCAAGAGAUAUUUCUUUCAGGGGAGGGGGGGGGGCGGGGCCUUAUGUACUGCUAAAAGACACCAACUUCGUCCUCAGGGUUUCUCGGUCAGGUUUUUCCAAGAUGGUGGCCGGUCUAAAGAAACCCUUUCAAUCCGCUGCCAUCUUGAAAACUGACCAAACAUGCCCUGGGAACGAGAUGGGAGAAACCUAAGAGAGAACUGACUGCGAGAUAAGUAGAGAUCUGGGUACAGCACUGGCCAGUUCAGUAUGUUAUAUUGAAGGGAAAGACACUUAACUAUGUCAGCGCUUCUCUCCACUCAUGAGUAUAGAUUGACAAACCG